GAGCCCCUUAAAAGGCAUCUUCCUGUGGAUGGAUCAAGAUCAUCAAAGAGUCUGCUAGAAACAAUGAUGAGAUAUUCAAGAGACACACCGACAUUGUGGUCAACCUUUAUACUUUAAUCUUAAUGUCUUUUAGGCAGAACCAAAAUGAGUAAUUGGUAUAAGAGCAACAGGGGUCGAACUCCCGAUGCUGGUAUCAUCGAUGGUACUUCAUAAUCUGAGCUGCACGAGCUACCAGACGAGAUGCUGAAACUCUAUACCUACACCACCGUUCUCGUGGAUCUGCGCUUCAAAAUCUACUGGGACUCCGGACGCUUCGGCCACGAGUUCCCGCCAGUAGCUUUCGCAGCUGAAGUUGUCACCGAGUCGAUCGAGCUGUUUCUCCAAUCCCUUGAUAUGAGCUGUCUCGACCGCAUCCGAGCCACGACGAGGUACACCAUGUACAGCUUUGCGGAGCCAAUCAACUACGAGGUCGAGCGCUCAUUCGUCUGGAAGGGCCUUGCAGGAGGCUCCAAGCUCUCCAUCAGGGGUCUGAGCCAAGUCGAGUUCGAGAACCAGCUCGCCCUGAUGAAGAAACGGCGAUGGCAAGACAGUAUCCGGGUGGAAAUGGCCGUCGAAAUCAAAGCCGGGACUGAGUUGCGCAACAGGGCAUGCGCAGAGGUUACGCAUCAGCUGGAUACCAAGUCUUGGGAGUCGGAAUGAAAAUUGGCCUGCCGUACAAAAGGGCGCUUCAAACGUCAAACUGCAUCUAGGUAGGCGAGCAUGCGCUUUGAUGACGUUGAACCGGCGGGUUUAAGGGACGGAUUGGCUGCUUGAUAACCGCCUCAAGGCACAUGGUGAACU